CCAUGGACAGCUUAUCUCAGCUCAGAACCCAUAACCCUGGUCAAUGGGUAGAACUUAGCCCAGUCUCUAUGCUGGUCUUACAGAUUGAUCAGAAGCUCCUGGAGCAAAUAGAAGUAGAAGGUUUAAAGUCCAAGAGCAUGGAAAAGAGAAGUAUAAGAGUCCCAUCCCUCAAGAAGAGGCACCCAGAAUGCCCGGCAUUAGGAGCAAAACUGGCUGAGAGGAGAAACCUACAGAAGAAAAUCCCCUUCCAACCCUGGGCUCCUUUCACCACCAUCUUCUCCCCAUUGCAAACAACCAAGCAGCACAACCAAGAGAGGGAGCCAAGUAGGAAACAGCACCUGGGGAUAAGAGGGACGAGUUCGGCUUCCUUCCUAUCUCCUGGAGCCAUAUUAGAUGGUGCUUCCCCAGCCCCCCGCAACCUAGCAGAAGCCCAGUACAGAAAGUUGAGUGGCUGCCUUGAAAGGGAGGCCCCAUUCUACUUGAGUGCCAGGCACAGUAAGAGUCCUGAAAUCCAGCUUAUGACAUCACUGGAAGGGCCAGCUGGUCUCUCUCUGCAAGUCCUGAGUAGCAAUACAGGUCUUCCUGAAGCCCAAGGAUUAAGCCUUGAACCCAGAGCCAGACCUCUCAGCUUCUUGAGUGGGAACCCAACUGAAAAAUUGGCAAACACGAUCAUCCUUCCCAGGCCCUGGGACGUCAGACGAGGCAGUGAGGGCGCCCAACCUCAGCACAGCGGGAAAGGAGAAGCUCUAGAAAGAUGCUGGAGAAACGGUGGUUCAGGAGUAGACACGAGGAAGGAGGAGAAUAUUGUGUCCUCCAAAGCAGAGCCCUUCACCCCAGCACCUCGGCCCUGA